UCUAAGUGAUUCUGAGGAUCAUCACGAGCGUGCACGGAGACUGUUAGCACAUUAUGGAGCCACCAAAACGAAUAAAUAUCAGCAGUUAGGAAGCUUUUUGACAUGCUAUCGCCCAAUAAUGACAUCAUCUUCAAUCAGUCUCAGAGAGGAGGUUAUUUAGGUAGGUGUGUGAGAAUGGGUGAAUGACUGAAUGUGUAAAGCGCUAUACAAAUACAGGCCAUUUACAUUCCAGACAACUCAACAGAGCUACAAUUUAGUCAGUCUACAAAGAGCUGAAGCUGAGACUUUAUGUUCUAGAGCUCAAACUUUAACUAAGGACCUGCCUCAGACACAAUCAUUCCACAAUUUUAAAUGCAGUAAGAGUCCAGAGUUUAUCGUCAUCACUUUCUUUUUGCAUGUGUCCCUGUCUUUCUCCAGAACUCCCACAGCAUUAUGUCUGUAAGAAGAGGAGCUCCAGUGUGGACCAGGAGGAACCAGAAGCUCCACAGAUUAAAGAGGAACAGGAGGAACUGUGCAGCAGUCAGGAGGAGACUGAUACCUCUAUGGUGACUGCUGUUUAUGAGGAAAGUGAGCAAAAUGAACCAGAAUCAAACGGCAAUCAUCUCCUCUCUCAUAGCUCUGCUGUUGCUGAGAGCCAAAAUCAGGAAGGAAGCAUGGAUGUAGAUUCAGGGUCAAAUACAAAUAGAACCAAAAGUCACAACUAUGCAGUAGAUUCCCCUGCGUCGAAGAAUCAGUGUAACUCUGACAAAUGUAAAAAGUCUUUAGAAUGUGAGAUUUGUGGAAAAGUUUUUAAGCAGAAUUAUGAAAUGAAAAGACAUUACACAGUUCACACAGGUGAGAAACCGUAUUUUUGCAAAACUUGUGGGAAAGGUUUUACUCAGAGGGGUGCUUUGACUUACCACAUGAGAAUUCACACAGGUGAGAAACCAUAUUCUUGUAAAACAUGUGGAAAAAUGUUUGCAUACAGUAGCGAUUCACUGAAGCACAGGCGAAUUCACACAGGUGAGAAACCAUAUCCUUGUAAAACUUGUUUGAAAAUGUUUGCCUGUAGCAGUUCUUUAUCUAUCCACAUGAGGACUCACACAGGCGAGAAACCUUAUCAUUGUAAAACAUGUGGUAAAAUGUUUGCCUCUAGAAAUUAUUUGUUAAAGCACACGAGAACUCAUACAGGUGAGAAACCUUAUCUGUGUAACAGCUGUGGGAAAAUGUUUGCAUUUAAUAGUUCAUUAUUGAAGCACAUGAGAACUCACACAGGUGAGAAACCUUAUACUUGUAAAACAUGCGGGAAAAUGUUCAGAUGUAGUAGUCAUUUAUUGGUGCAUAUAAGAACUCACACAGGCGAG